UUUUUGUAAAAAGGCCUAUAAACAACAACAACAAACAACUCUUACAAAGAAAAUAUAUUAAAGGUUCUCUCUAUUUCUCUUGUGGUAAGAAACAGAACAAGUAGUGAUCUCUUUCUCUGUCUAUCUAUUUCUUUGGUGUUCUUCUUGUUCUAUGUUAAAACGAUCUCGAGUAUCCCAAAAGAGCAAGAUGUCUAUAAGAAAAAUCUACCGAUGCCUAAAUUCUUUAAUCAAAAGAUCAUGUGCACAGUCUCUAUGAUCAUAUGUCCCAUUUCACACUUUGUUUCAACUCUCAGGUUUUCAAUAUUUUGUAUUUGUUCUCUACACAACCCCUUUGUUUUCGAUCGAAUCACUAGCUCCGGAAAGCUGAGACUUUUUUGAAGAAUCAAUAAAUCAAGAUUUAAGAAUGGUGCGGACACCAUGCUGCAGAGCUGAGUUAGGGUUAAAGAAAGGAGCUUGGACUCCCGAGGAAGAUCAGAAGCUUAUUUCCUACGUUAACCGUCACGGUGAAGGUGGCUGGCGAACUCUCCCCGAAAAAGCUGGACUCAAGAGAUGUGGCAAAAGCUGCAGACUGAGAUGGGCCAAUUAUCUAAGACCUGACAUCAAAAGAGGAGAGUUCACUGAAGACGAAGAGCGUUCUAUCAUCUCUCUCCACGCCCUUCACGGCAACAAAUGGGCUGCAAUAGCUCGUGGAUUACCAGGACGAACCGAUAACGAAAUCAAGAACUACUGGAACACUCAUAUCAAAAAACGUUUGAUCAAGAAAGGUGUUGUUCCGGUUACUGACAAGAGCAUAUCAGAGAAGGUGCAGGAUAUUCGGGAGAAACGAAACGUUAAUCAGACAAUUACAGCGAGUGAUGAUCUUGAUCAUAAUGAGAAGGUGAAGAAGUCGGGAUUAUCAUCGGCUAGGUUCUUGAACAGAGUAGCUAAUAGGUUCGGGAAGAGAAUCAACCAGAGUGUUCUGUCUGAGAUUAUCGGAAGUGGUGGCCCACUUACUAGUCACACUACUACAAGUGUCACCGUUGACUCUGAAUCAGAUAAGUCAACGAGCUCUUCCUUCACACCAACCUCGAAUCUUCUCAUGACCAUUAACGGUAACGGUAACGCUACGUCGUCUCCAUCCACAUUCUCUGAUUCAUCUGUGAACGAUCAUUUAAUGUAUUGUGACAAUAAUGAGGAUAAUAUCGGAUUCUCAACAUUUCUGAAUGAUAAAGAUUUCAUGAUGUUGGAAGAUUCUUGCGUUGAGAACACUGAGUUCAUGAAAGAGCUUACGAGGUUUCUCCAGGAGGAUGAGACGGACAACGUAGGAAUGAUGCCCGUCUAUGAACAUCAAGACAGUUUUGAAGAGAUUGAUAACUAUUUUGCAUGAGAUAAAUCUCACAUAUCAUUUCAAUCUGAUCACGGUGAUACAUGAUGAUGAUGAUAAAUUAAUAAUAAUGAUGAUGUGGAACCAUGCAUGUAGCUUGUAUUGUCAUAUAUGCGUGACUUUUUCUUGAACAUAUAUGCGUGUCUUUUGGGUGUUUUUCCUCUCCUUUUUUUGUUUUACUCUUUUGUAAGUUUGCCCUCAAGUGUGUUUGGUAUGAAGUAAAUAAACUGGUGCAUGAUGUAACAAAUUAAAAUAAUUUAAUAGAGUGUAUUAGUAUUCGUAAA